GUUAGUCUAAAAUUUCCACCUAGCAGUACUUGCAGUAUUGGUUCUCAAAUUUUGUGUGCCGUUGUUAGUUAAAAAUGUACAUUUAUGGAGGGGAAGAUGUCAGAUCUCAUCCCGUGUACGCGUGGAACAGUGUUGAUGUCUUGACGGAGAGCGGUCUUUUCCAGCACGGCGAAGUGAUCGAUGUGGCGGAAAACGGUCUGAUCGUGGAUUUCCACUGCAAUGAACAACGCUCGCAGUUAGUCAGCUACGACAAAAUCUUCAGCGCUUCCACUGCCCCCUGCUCCGCGGGGUACCAUAUCUGGUACUUAGAACUGCGAAAGAACCCCGCCGUAAAGGAGAACGCCAGCGUGCAAGUUUUGUGGCGCGCACAUCCAGGCGCUGCGUGGCUCUGGUAUCCUGGCCGGCUGCUUAGCAAGCCUAUGUUCUUCCCCUUCUAUGUGGACCUGCUCAUCGUCCAGAUACAGCCUGGUGGCUGGCAAUCUGCGGAACUCUUCCCCGGCCAGCAAGUGCGUUUUCCGCCGUCCCGGGAAGCUCUGGCCAAACGAGCGCUGCGGCCGAACGCCUUCGUGGUGCGGGAGUGUCGUUUGCCGAAGCAUAACUGGUUGACCGGGACGGAUGAUCGCCGUCGUCGUCAGCUCAAGGCCUGGUGGAGUGUGCGUGUUGUCUCGGUGCAGAACGCAGUGGCUAGGCUCCUGCAGCCCAGUGAUGCACGGCCGCUGACGAAAAAAAAUUUGGUUGGACAGAAACGCGAGAACGAUUUCGCGUUGGAGAACGAGUGCCCUCGGGAGAACAUUGACCACGAUGAUUCCGGCAUGCCGUCCCGAAAGAAACGCAAAACCGACGCCGAUAGCGAGCAGCCGGACAUGGACGCCCGGAUUCCCACGGAAACGCAUCUCCUUUGUGAGAUCUUCCAGUCACUGGACACCACCAGCCGUCAGAAACUGCGCCGCGUGUGUCCGUUGUGGAACACCGUCUUGACCGGCGCCGACAGCGUACACACGGUGCGGGUGUCCUUCGCGAUGACCCCGGCGUUGAUCGGCGUAUACGGCGCGGUCGGUAGUAUGUUCAAAUGCCUGCACACUACAACACAGUGGUUGAUCGUGGAGCAUGUCGGGUGCGGGGAGGUGGGGGCGGUCCUGACGGUGAUUGGCCGGAUGCUGCGGACGUUUCACAUCAAGGAGAUCGUCUUCCAUAAGGUGAACUUCGAGUGGAGUGAGAGUGUUGACUUUCCCAUCGCGGAUGAAGUGAUUGUUCCGGAGGAGCAGAGUCAGGAUGUGAUGCAGAAUAUCUGGCGUCUGGCGGGGGUGUUGAAGGUUUGGGCGGCGUUCUGCGAGGCAUUACGGCUGUGGCGGUGUGAAUUCCGUUGCAUGGGCCAGAUGGCCGCCGUUAUUCCGCGCGCGACGAUUCCGCUCGAUGCAGCGGAUCUUCCCGAACAGUUCUGGGAUCUCUAUGAGGCGCAUCUGGCGCGUGAUGGAUUGGAGCUGGAGUAUUUUGCGGAAAAGAUUCGCGCCGGAUCCGCAGUCUUUCGCCAUGUUGUUACUGAGUUGCUGGAGGGUUAUCAAAGUUGUGAUCCGCGAUUGACGACGCAUUAUCGUGGCAAGACGUGGACGGAGGAGAAUCUCCAGGAUCUGGAUGUCUCCCAGCUGACCACCAUCACACUGCGGGCGUUGGGAGGUGUUGUCUGGCGCCCCCGUCGCUGAGGAAGAUGUCGAUGAGCAGGAUAACUGCGAAAUUGGCGACUGUGAAGACGAUGGCGAAUAGUUCCGCUUUAACGAGCUCUUAGCUGUCACUAAUUAGUUCACGGUGUACAACUUUAUCGGUGUGCUGGUAGCGAGCGAAACUGAAUAGGUCGUAAUUUUUUUACCGGAAUGCACGUACGUACUGUAGAUCAAAUUUAAUAUUGUACUUACUUGAAUUCAGUGUUUGCUGGAAUGUUUAUCGAUGAGUUUUUAUCGCCUACCGCGCUAUCCGGAGCCCGACGACCGGGUGCGCUUAAUGAUGUUUUUUUGUUUAAUGCAAGUGCGGCAUUAAAGGACAUACGUGUGAUGCCGUAUGAUGAAAAUACGUACAAACUUCAAAACAUUAAAUUAAGCAGUUGUACGUACGUAUGGAACAAAUACUUUUGA